CAACGUUUCAAGACAUCUCAGCUUCUAGCAUCCGCGGGAUUUGGAAGGUUUUGCCAGCCAUGGCUGAUUUGGGUCCUUUGUUUCGCAAAGCCGAUGGGCUGAAAAGGGACGUGGACUCUGCGUUGGAAGCCAUGGCUGCUCCAAAGGGGCAACAGGGCUCUGAUGUGGCCAUGCAGCAGCGCUUGGCAGCCCUGUUUGCAGAUCUGACGAAUACGUCUGAAAGGAUCAGAGAGGAGGUUGAGGCCAUGCCCGAAAAAGGCAGAAUGUCGUGGGAGCGGAAGAUGAACCGCUUGGAGGAGGAUGUGUCAAUGAUUCAAAGCGCUGUAGACAAGCAGCUUGGGACUUUCUACCGGGUGAAGAAGGAGGAAGAGAAUCGAAAGAAGCUCUUGGGAGAUCGAAAGAAGAGAGAUGGGCCAGAUGACCAGAUGCAGGGCUUGGCAAAGGAGAACAAGUCUUUGCGAGACUCGGCUUCUGCCCUGGACGAAGUCUUGGACCAAGCGGGCUCAAUUCUGGGCAAUUUGGUCAACCAGAACAAGGUCCUGAAGAAUGCCCGCCGCAAGCUGCUGGAUGCAGCGAACAGCAUAGGUGUCUCUCAGAGCCUCGUGAAUGUCAUUGACCGGAGACAGACAGGUGACAAAUGGCUCGUUUAUGGAGGGAUGGCCCUGACGUUGUUUAUCCUCUUCUCCCUGUGGUAUUUGCUUCGUAUGUGAAGGCCGAAGAUCUUGGGCCUCCAGUUUUCGAAUUCUCAGGUGCAGCUUGAGAACUGUACAGGGAGCGAGUGAGUUGAGAAAA